UCGAGAUGGUCGCUUCGCUCGUAUGAACAUUCAUCCUUACCCGUACUUACCCGACAAAUUUAAUCAAAAAAUCUGACUAAUUAAAGUUUUUCUUUUUUAUAGAAAAAUAAUUAAAAUCCUCAAAUUGCUCGAACAAAACUUUAAUCAUUUGUAGUUUUCCCAGAUCCUUUUUCCCUCUGUUUUUUUCUUCCUCUUUCACAUUGUUUAUCUGAAGUGCUUGUCCCAUUGUUCUUUUUCCCAGAAGCUGAAACAAUCUGGGUUUUCGUCAGAUCUUGAUCUGAAACCUACAGGUGCUUGUUGCUGUUGUAAUUUCACAUUGAGUUAUAAAAUAAGACUUGAAAAGAGCUGAUUAAAUCAAUCAUUCUGGAUUUCAAAACACACAUUCAAAAGAUUUUAGAAAGUGAUGUGAGUUUCUUCUUUCACAUAUGUUACGCCGUCUUGGAUGGUUAUUUGGAUUGAGCAGAAGAAGUAGACAAGCAAAGGCCCUUGAUGCGAAACCUUACAUAGCAAGAGUUAAGCCAGUACUAAUGGUUGACACGGUUCAAGAGAUUGCCAUUUAUAUCCACAGGUUUCAUAACCUUGAUCUUUUUCAGCAAGGAUGGUAUCAAAUGAAGAUUACAAUGAGAUGGGAGGAUGGUGAUAACGUAACUCGUGGUAUUCCUUCACGAGUUGUUCAGUAUGAAGCUCCAGAAUCCGGGUCUAAUGGAGUGUGGAGGAUAGAUGAUAAAGAUAAUAGUUUCUCAACACAGCCCUUCCGAAUCAAAUAUGCAAGGCAGGAUAUUCGUCUUUGUAUGAUGAUCUCAUUUACUUUGCCACUGCCACGAUAUGAGGGUUCAGCCACAUCUGCUGCUAUAUUGAAAUUUGAGCUCAUGUAUGCUCCUGCUAUGGAUAAUUCAUCAAUGAGGCAUUUAGAUGCUUUACCUUCUGCAGUUCAUGAGUUUCGUAUUCCGCCUAAAGCUCUUACAGGCUUGCAUUCAUACUGUCCAGUGCAUUUUGAUACGCUUCAUGCUGUUCUUGUCGAUGUGAGUGUCCACAUCAGUGUAUUGAAAUCUGCUGCUUACAGACGACCUGCAAGUCUAUCAAGUGGCGUAAGUAACAGUAAACAUGUCAGUGGAGGGAAUGUUCAAUCUUUCAAGAAAGCACUUGGUCUGCUUGCUUCUGCUGACAAGAAAAUGGUCUCGUUUGUUAAAGCAUUACUCAAAGCUCGCGAGAUUUUACUCGAGGAAAUGAAAAGACUUAGCGAAGCAGUUGAUCAAUCGAUUGAUUUGUCUGACUUUGUAUCAAAUAUGAACAAUGUUCCGUUAUCUCACUCAGGUUCAGGACAAGGCAAGGAACAAAACAGUCUUGAGAAGUUGAAUAUCACAUUUGAUUUAGCAAGUGAUGACUGGCUUCAUGAACUGUCAAAGGAUCAUCUAUCUCGUCUAUUCCACUUACUAGGCACACAGCUUCAUUAUAUUUGGAACACGUUUCUUGGAUUUCACCGGGAUAACAACACGAAAAUACUUGAAUACCUUCGUGAUAUCUGGACUAAAGAUCGGAGAGCUGAAUGGUCAAUAUGGAUGGUGUACUCUAAGGUUGAAAUGCCUCAUCAUUUUAUAAACAGUGGAAUGAGUGAUAUCAUAAACCACAGUGCACACAAAAGAGUCUCAAGCGUGUUGAAGUUGACUGAUCCUGCUCAACUUGCAGCUAACCGUGCUGAACUUCACCGUCGAAGUAUAGCGCAGAUGCGGAUGAACAACCGUUCAAUACAAGAUAUGCAUAUACUUGGAGAUCCUAUGAGGGUUCCUAUAAUUAUAGUUGAACGUGUCUUGAAUGCACCAAGACGAACUUUAAGUGAUAAUUCUUACUUGAGACAUGUGGAUUUGCUCGAGACUAGCUUGCUUAAUGACGAAACAGAAGAAACAAAAGCUACCAACUCCAAGCAAAGUGCCCGUGAGCUAAAGAUCGUUGUGUUUGUUCAUGGUUUCCAGGCAAAUAGUUUAAUGGAACCAUACAGGAAGUAUCUACAUACAUAUCUGUCGCUUUCGGGUCCUCACUUGGGUUAUCUGUACAGUACAAACUCUUUGUUUAACUCUGGUCUUUGGCUCUUGAAGAAGUUAAAGAGUACACAGGUUAUUCAUCAGCUUACACUCACUGAUGAUCCUGAUCUUCGACAUACUUUCUUUUACAAACUCUGCAAGCAAAAGACAUUGGAAAAUUUCAAAAAUAUAAUUCUCUUGUCCUCACCUCAGGAUGGUUAUGUCCCAUAUCACUCAGCAAGGAUCGAAUCGUGCCAACCAGCGACAUUCGACAGCACAAAACGCGGAAUCGCAUUCUUGGAAAUGCUAAAUAACUGUAUGGACCAAAUACGUGGACCGGCCCCGGAAGCGCCACAUCAGCAAAGAGUGUUCAUGCGGUGCGAUGUCAACUUCGACAUGACUGUCUAUGGACGUAACCUGAACUCAUUCAUCGGACGUGCUGCUCACAUCGAGUUCUUGGAGUCUGAUAUCUUUGCAAGAUUCAUAAUGUGGUCAUUCCAAGAUCUGUUCCGCUGAACUUUUUUUUUUUUUACUAAAGAGAAUGUGGAAAUUUUGGGAUUAAAGGGGAGAUAUGAACUGUUGUACAUUAGCUAAUAUAUAAAUAGUUUGGUUCUAUACUUGUUUUUGAGAGAAAUGUUAGAUAGUUAAUCUAUAAACAAACACUGUACGUUCUUGCAGCAGGAUGUUUUUUGUUUUUUGUUUUCCUCUUUUCUUAAUGUUAGUACAAUAUGAGAGCAGCUUCAUGGG